CUUGGCACAUCUCAAAUAUUUUCAGCAGUGGGAGAGCAGCUCUGAUUCCUUCAGAGAUGAGAGGCUGCAGCCAUCCUUCGAGAUGUUGGGACCGGAGACCCUGCAGGCUGGCUGGGCAUUGAUGCCCCAGAUGUGAAGGGGCAGCCAACCUGUUGGCCACGUCUGACCCUUCCUGAGCAAAUGACACCAACAUCCCUUUUGUGAGAAGAAAGAGAGGAGGGAAGAUGCUCUGUGAUGCUGCCAGUAAUGCUGACCAGUCGUGGUGCUGUCACCUCCUUGGCUGUCUUUGCAAUCUGUUCCCAACUGAGGUUUCCGUUGCAGUGUAAUUGACCACUCCAGAGGCCACUGAGGGCUGUCAGGAUGAGCUAUCCUUCCACCCUAGGCUGUCACUGCCAGAAAAUUACCUGAAGAGUUCCAGCCUGAGGCCUCCUCAUGGAUGGGUCAAACGUGACAUCAUUUGUUGUUGAGGAACCCACGAACAUCUCAACUGGCAGGAACGCCUCAGUCGGGAAUGCACAUCGGCAAAUCCCCAUCGUGCACUGGGUCAUUAUGAGCAUCUCCCCAGUGGGCUUUGUUGAGAAUGGGAUUCUCCUCUGGUUCCUGUGCUUCCGGAUGAGAAGAAAUCCCUUCACUGUCUACAUCACCCACCUGUCUAUCGCAGACAUCUCACUGCUCUUCUGUAUUUUCAUCUUGUCUAUCGACUAUGCUUUAGAUUAUGAGCUUUCUUCUGGCCAUUACUACACAAUUGUCACAUUAUCAGUGACUUUUCUGUUUGGCUACAACACGGGCCUCUAUCUGCUGACGGCCAUUAGUGUGGAGAGGUGCCUGUCAGUCCUUUACCCCAUCUGGUACCGAUGCCAUCGCCCCAAGUACCAGUCGGCAUUGGUCUGUGCCCUUCUGUGGGCUCUUUCUUGCUUGGUGACCACCAUGGAGUAUGUCAUGUGCAUCGACAGAGAAGAAGAGAGUCACUCUCGGAGUGACUGCCGGGCAGUCAUCAUCUUUAUAGCCAUCCUGAGCUUCCUGGUCUUCACGCCCCUCAUGCUGGUGUCCAGCACCAUCUUGGUCGUGAAGAUCCGGAAGAACACGUGGGCUUCCCAUUCCUCCAAGCUUUACAUAGUCAUCAUGGUCACCAUCAUUAUAUUCCUCAUCUUCGCUAUGCCCAUGAGACUCCUUUACCUGCUGUACUAUGAGUAUUGGUCGACCUUUGGGAACCUACACCACAUUUCCCUGCUCUUCUCCACAAUCAACAGUAGCGCCAACCCUUUCAUUUACUUCUUUGUGGGAAGCAGUAAGAAGAAGAGAUUCAAGGAGUCCUUAAAAGUUGUUCUGACCAGGGCUUUCAAAGAUGAAAUGCAACCUCGGCGCCAGGAAGACAAUUGUAAUACGGUCACAGUUGAGACUGUCGUCUAAGAACUGUGAGGGAAGUUGUGGAUAAAAAUGGUGGAGCACAGGUCAUUUUUAGUUUGUGCUUGGAAUAUGACUUAAGUAUCUCCUAAAUGUGAUACAGAAGGACAUCUCAUCCCAUAUGCAUGAGAUACUAAUUAAUGAUGAAAUUGAACUCUUGUACUGUAUCUUCUGGAAAUGACCUGUCAUUUCUGUACUUGACAAAGACUCUAUUUCUUUCAGCUCUUUUGGCAGCAUCUUACCAUGAACCAUAAAAAUGACUUUUGCAGGAAGAUUUACAGAUGUGUACGGGACAAGGUAACAAAACUAUUUGUUGGAACUUGAGGAGGCAGCUUGAUGUAGCAGGAAGAACAAGGGUCGCUUCCUGUGUGACCUCAGGCAAGUUGUUAAACCUCUCAGAGCCUCAUUUUCUCACUCAUAAAAUGGUCGCGGCAAUAGUCUAUACCUCCUUGGUCUGCUGUGAGGAUGAAAUGAGAAGAUGAGGCUUGUAAAGUACCUGGCACAUUGUGGAUGUUCAACAAAUAUCAGUCUCUCCUCACUCCCUUCAAUGGUAGACAAGAUAUAAAUUUUUGUUUUGUAAAGCACACACACACACACACACACAGCUCUAUCAUGCACAGAAGUUAUUAUGUGUUUUUACACAUUGAAUGUAAAUUUACGAAGGUCUUCUUCUUGCUUGCAGCAUGAAAGCAUUUCAUGGCAUUACACCUCUAUUGAAAAACAUCGCGGAUGUUAUGAUCUAACAAGCCGUGUGCUAGUGCAUCAUUUCAGGUUGUGAAGAAAUACAUUUGGCCACCAGUAGAGGAGUUUCUCGUGGCUCCCCUUCCCUCUGUGGGAAUACUAGAUGAAAUGAAAGUCUGUGUUUUGAAAUCCUUUGAUUGCAUAAACAUUUUUACGAAUGGAGUUGAAUUUAUGACUUCCUGGGGGUGACUGGGACCUUCCUCCCCCAUGAAGAGGUGGGUUAUUUGUAGCCAGAGUUCUCACCUGCAGCCAAGUGCGGGUCUCUGCACCUGUCUGCCUCCUCUCCUCCUGAGGCUUUUUUUUUUUUUUUUUCAUCACACCUGGAAGGAGGCUCAGUGGCAAGGGCUAAUGAAAAUGUGGUCACAUCCUGGAGGACUCUGAUAUUUUUGCUCAUGACAGAUCCUUGCAUGACUUCCUCAGAAUCUUUACUCAGCACUCCAGGGUGGGCUCUGCCUCUUGCCUGCCAUGAGUUGCCCUCCAGACACUGCACGUCCUGGGUUUUAGCUGUGAAGCCCGUCGCAUAGCUAUGUUUAUUUCCUUCUGUCCCUUCUAGGAGUUCCACAAAAGGGCAAUAUGUCACAUGAUUCUACAGGUUGUAAAAUGUUCAAGUCCAUAGAAAUGAGCCCGAUCGUAUUUAUUUUAACCAUUUGCUCUUUAAAAGGUCAGAGAGGCAGUGAUGUAAUGGUUCUCUGUUGCUGCUUGUCCUUCCCCAUCCUCUUCCUUUCUCAAAAGAAAUGAUGUGGGGCAGCUUCGCUGGGGGAGAGGAGUCUGUCCCCUCGAGCAAGGACCCCACUGCCAGCCAAGCUUGGAUGCAGGAGGCUUUUCAGUGGGUGACAACAUCUGAUUCAGAAACAAGGCAGCUUUGCUUUCAGGAGCCCAGAUGGGGUGUGGAGCAAUGACAUUUAGAAUGAUCUUGUUUUUGGUUGAAAACAGAGCAUUUUCCCUGGGAAAGAACAGAAUAUGGAGAUCAGAGCAACUCCCCUCUGUUUCCUGUCCUCUCCUGUGUGUGCUGUGUGCUGGCCUCUGGGGUAGGGAAAGGGGGCCAACCUCGUCUCAUCUCUAAGGGGAUCUUAGUCUCAAAGAGGACCUUAAAGACUAUCAGAUACAAGGAAUUUCUACUAAGGAAAAUAUGGUGAACUAAUAGGAAGCCCCUAUUUAUUGUUUUUCUGCAGAUAAAGUGGGGAAAUCGAAUGUGAUAAUGAAUAUAAAAAUUAUUCUAACCUUUUAAAAUGAUGCCUUACCAAGAGGUAGGAGGUAGGAUUCAGAGUUUGGCAGGGUUAUAAAGACUAAUUUCUUUCUCUCUUCCCCCAAACCCAUUCCCAAAGUGAACUGUAAGGUUAAAACUAUAACAAGAAGAUUUAAGUAAAUUUGCAAAUAUGUAGAGAAUACUAAAUCAUUUGUAUCCUUUAGGCAUUCAGACAAUUUGCCUAAGUCAUUGUAGGUUACUAGGUGCCACUUCCGAGAAUUCCCUGGGGAUGGGGAGGAGAUUGUUUGGAUAAUGCCUGUCCUAACUGAACGGGAAGGGUUUGUAGCAUUCCUACUACAAAGAUUCAUGCACAGCCUUCUCUGCAGAACACCAUGAUGUGGACAAGGCAAAGACGGGGAAGCGGAAGCCGCUGUCUAUGUCAUAGGAGAGAGAGACACCGCAUAACUACAACACCAGGCUGCACACAAGUUUGUUUGACAAGUGUUAGGAACAAAAUUGUGUGGCAGAGGUCACCGCAGCAGGGGCUCUUCCUGCCACCCCCAUAUUGCAUGCAGCCUCUUCUGUUCCCUCCCCUGCCCACUGGGGUUUCUCCUCAGCACUCAUCAUGCCAUAUAUCGAUUUGCUUAUUUGCUCGUUCUCUGUCUCUUCACGCUAGACUACAAGCUCCUUGAGGGCAGGGACGUAGCUUUGCUCACUGCUGUAGCCCCAGCUUAUUUGCUGUGGUGGUCGAAUCCACUGCACCCCUCUCUGGGCUGUUUCCUUUGUACAUAUAAAUAGACUCAAAUUGCUUCCACCUAACCAGAAGCCAUUCCUUGCCCCACAGUCCUUUCCAGUUUCUAUCUCCCCUCCCUCCCUUCCUUCCAAACCACCUUCUGGAAAGGCUCUUCCACACUCACUGUCCUGACUCUUGCCACAAUUCACCCCUCAACAUCCUGCCAUUUGUCUUGCAGCCUGACCAUCAUAGAGAGAUUGGUCCGGAUAGGAAGGUGAGUAACUUCCACAGUGUCAAAUCUGAUGGGCUGUUUUCUACCUAUGCCUUUUGUGGCAUUUAAUACCCACAGUCUUCCUGAAAUUAUCUCUUUUCUUGGAUUCUAGUUUGCUACAUUUUUCUCCAGCUCUCUUUUUGAAUCCUAUCUUCCUGAUUGGAAUCUUCUCACUUCUUUCCUCCCUCUUCUACUGCUCCUCCCUUAAAUGGACACAUUUUCCAUAAUUCAGUGGCUGGGCCUCUGCUCUCCUCUUUCUGAGAACUCUCCCUGGAUCCUGAUCCAUAAUCACCUGCUUAUUAAUGAACCUCAAAUAGACAUUUGCUGACCAGAACCCUUUGCUGGGCUUCAGUCCUGUGUGUCCAAUCAUCUAAUGGACUUUUUGACCCAAUGUCCUGCAGGUGCUUGUAACCCAUUCAUUUCCCCACCGUUUCUUUUUUCUUUUCUUUUCUUUUCCUUUUUUUUUUUUUUUUUUUUGAGACAGAGUCUUGCUCUGUUGCCCCAGCUGGAGUGCGGUGGCGUGAUCUCGGCUCACUGCAACCUCCACCUCCCAGGUUCAAGCAAUUCUCCUGCCUCAGCCUCCCAAGUAGCUGGGAUUACAGGAGUGAGCCACUGCGCCGGGCCUGCCCCUAUUCUUUUUUCAGUGAAGUACACCGCUGGUCACCCUGUCCCCCUUGCUAUGCUAUUCCCUUUGCACAGAUUGCUCUACCUUUUUUUAAUCUAGCAAACUCCAUUUAUCCAUCUACGUCCAGCUCAAGCAUUAGAGACUCAGGAGAGCCUCUGGAAGCUGAGUUCCUGGAUAACCGUGCCAUACCUUUUCUUUCCCAGACUUUCCACAUCUUUCCCUUCCUCACUCUCAGCAAAUGAUGGCUGGCUCCCCUUUACACAACGGGAAUAGAAGCAACUGGAAGAACUCUUCCAGACAUCCCCGCUGUCCCCUCUGCUGACCUAGCUACAUCUCCUUCAUAUCAGCCUCUCCCCUGUGUGCUCAGGGGGAACUCACUAUGCCCCUCCCUGGCUAAGGUGAUACCCUGGCUAAGAUGCUCCAACCCCUUCCCCUGUUGCCUGCCCGAUGGCAUUUCACCAGCAAUUCUCCCUCUCUGUCCUGCACCAUCAAUUUCAGUCCAGGAUAACGGAGGACAGAAUUUUCAGGAAUCAGGAUGGAGGAGGGUUGGUGAACAGCACCACUGGCCUUGACUAGCCUGCUCCCUGCCACACAUACUGGUUGUUUCUCUGGAGACAGCAUUGUAUGCACUGAGAUGAGCAACUGGAGAGCCACCAGCAGCCAUCCCCUCUCUUUGUGCCUCACAGCUCCAGUGACUGAUGGAGAUGGAGAUGGGAUCGUUGGCUGCCUUCAUGGAGUUGUUUAAGGAGCACUUAGAAGAUGCUUUAUGGGCGUCCCUACAAUUUCACCAUUAGAAGAGUAGUUCUGUUAGGCUGAAAUUUGUCUUUUUACUCAACCUCUUCUUAAAUUAGGAAUCACUUCUGGAAAGGAAAACACAUCAAGUCAUACAUACUUUUUCCUGUGCUUUUUCUCAUGGAGAGGAGCAGCACAAGACAAGACACCCAGCUGUUCAGGCUGCUGAAUGAGAUGGUGAGGAGUGGGUGGUAGAAGUGAAGAAAGGAGGAGGUGGGAGCAAUCAAGUAUUUGCUUGCUUGAUUCCACAAACAAGAAGCUUCUUUUCUCUUUAACCUAACAUUUGACUGUUUAACUUUGCAAGGUUAUAUGGGAAACAAAAAUCCUUGCUAUGAAAACAUUAGCAAAUGUAUCACUUAUAAAAUGGGUACCAUCAGGCAUCCCCCUGCUUAGCACCAGAGUCUCUCUUGCUGCCUCAUCUACAGUUUUGUGGAUCAGUCUUGUGAUGCCUGAGAGUCAAUGUGCAAACUGUCCUCGAACUUUAAUUGAUGAUCUUGACAAACAUUCAGGAUUCUGUGAAGGUGGUAAGAGAGGUGUCACAGAACUGCUAAAAUACACUUCAACUAUUGAUAAAAGAGCAUGGAGCGGAGUUAGACCGGUUAGCAGCUGAAUCAGAGGUAAAUAAACAAGGAUGAUGAUGAGAUGGGAGCUUCCAAAAAGAAGCGUUUUAAUAUCAAAUGUUGAAGAGAGGCUCUUGGGAAAACUGCUGAAGUCUUUAGAUAUUUUUGCAAAAAUUACCCACUUUUUGAUGUUCAGCAAAAGUAACCAUUAAGUAAAGGCAGAAAAAUUGGCUGGGUACGGUGGCUCAUGCCUGUAAUCCCAGCACUUUGGGAGGCUGAGGUGAGCAGAUCACCUGAGGUCAGGAGUUUGAGACCAGCCUGGCCAACAUGGUGAAACCCCAUCUCUACUGAAAAUACAAAAAUUAGCUGGGUGUGGUGGUGGGCACCUGUAAUCCCAGCUACUUGGGAGGCUGAGGCAGGAGAAUUGCUUGAACCUGGGAGGCGGAGGUUGCAGUAAGCUGAGAUCGCACCACUGCUCUCCAGCCUGGGUGAUAGAGUGAGACUCCGUCUCAAAAAAAAGAAAAAUUAUGCCAAAAAAUUAAGUACUUUUGUGGCUUAAAACAACAAUGUAUUGUCAUUUCUCAAGGCUCCAUGGGUUGAUUGAGUUCAGUUUCUCAUUUGGCGUCUCUUGUAGUUGUAGUGAGUUGUUGGCUGAGGCAGAAGCCACCUGAAGGCUUGACUAGGCAGGGCAAUCGAGGUGGUACACUCACAAGGCUGGUCAUUUCCUGGGGCUCAGCUGGAAAGGUGGACCAGAGUUCCUACACAAGGCCCUUUGAUGUGGUUUGGGUUUCUUACAACAUGGUGAUUGUGUUCUGGAAGGAAGUCUCCUGAGACUUAGCUUUUCCUAAAGGCCAAAAAUCAGCUAUUGGGGUCUCAUUUGCUUAAAAUUAUUGGCAUGUUGUUGAAAUUAUAAUGAGUUUUAGUAAAGCAAAAUUAAAACAAUUUUCAUGACUUUAAUUUCACUUUUUUCAUGAUUUUCUAUGAAAUUUUGGUCCUCAUUUUAACAAGAUUCCUUUUUAACAAUCUUUUACUAAAACCAGUCAUUCAUGGAUAAGGAGAUCCUCUUACACUAAUUAUUUAAAUGUGUACAUAUACAUGUUCAUACCAAGGGUUGAAUUGUUAAAGCGAAUUCAGAGUGACUUACAGAUCUUACCCAACAUGAAACUAAUGAUUCAAAUGAUAAGAGGCAAGUGCCAGGCACAAAUGAAACACUCUUUUCUGGAGGAGACCAACAGUUUUAAUUAUUUCUGGGGUUUUUUUGGUCAAAUUUCUCAUGUUGCUUCUAGAUUGUUUUCCAAAUGUCAUUUAGUUUUCUAUCUGUACUUUUUGUGAUUCUCUGAAUUCUCUGUCAGACAUUUCGGAGAUCUUCAAUUCUUCUGGGUCCAUUGCUACAGCUUUGUUAUCUCUUUUGAUGGUGUCGUUUUCCCCUGAGUUUUCACAGUCCUUGCACUUCACGUCGAUCCCUGUGCAAUUGAGAAGAUAGUCACCUCUGACAGUUUUUUAAGGGUUCUUGGUGGUGUCAGAGCUUUGCUACUUAGUAUUGGAACUUAAACUCUGGUCUGUUGUUUCUUCCUGUUCUGAGUGAGACUUGCGGUGAGCACUGGAACUUAAACAUUGCCCUGGAACUAUAUUGCUGCUCUGUCAACAUUUCCCAGUUCAGGGAAGAUGUAAGUGGGUAUCAGAACUUAAUCUUGAGCUUUUCGUUGUUUCCAGGCCAGGGGAGGGCUCUCGAGUAUACCUAGGCUCGUGGAAAAUGCAGCCAGGGAUUUGGACCUCCCUGUGGAUUGUGCCAGCCAGUCCCUUCACCAUGGUGUCCCCACUGAUCAGAGCUCAGAGUGCACCAGUACACCAGUUGCUGCAAUCAGUGCUUGGCUUUUUGUCCCCAGUUCACCCCAGGUCAUUCAGCUAUCCUGGCAUUCCCAGUGGUUCCUGUGGGACGGGGCCAGAGUGGGUGUCCCAUGAAGAUGACCAGAUCAGUGGGGAGAUAAAAUGCUCACCUGUAAUUCUCUCCUGUCACCUUGGAAACCAUGGAUCUAGAGACAUUCUCUGAGUGACACUAUGCCAGCUGGGAGUGGUGGCACAGUCCGAAUUGAUUGUUUCUCUUACCAGUUCUGGCUUCUUUCAAUUCUGUGGACCUAGGGGGUUUCUCAGCUUCUCCCCAAAGUUCUGGUGAAUUCAGGGUGGUGUUCUUGUCUUUGAAUAGUUGGAAUAUAUUUCUGUGGGGGGAAAGGUUCCAGAGAAUCUUCUAUUCUGCCAUCUUGUUGAGCUCUCCCAAAAUGUCCCCUUCUCCUACAUUGGCACACGCUUUAGUUUCACAUUGACUGAUGAGUUUUGAGCAACGUAUACAAAGAAACAUUGUUCUCAAAGGAAACUGGUGAAGUUUGGGGGUGCCUCCAUUUUGCACGUUGUUCAUUACACGGGUAGAAUAUACUUAUGUGACUACCCGUACCCUUUCUCCAGCUUCCCUCCCCCAUAAACCUAUAAAUCCCAAAUUUAUUUAUAAUAAACAAUCUUGACAGAUUAGGUAUAUCCUGCUGGAAAUAGGACUAGUUCACUGAGUAUAACGUUUCUACAGAGCAGUCUGAUUGAGGUCUUCAGCAUCUUUGCAAGGUGCCCUGGUUGAGGUUAUUUUUCCUGCAGGCAUUCCUGUGGGGAAGGAGUGAUUUGCAGGCUUGAUGCUAACAUUACCUGUAUGGUACAUUUUGGCCAACACCAGCCUGUUAAUGCCUGAGGCAGAGGCCUCUGGAAUGAGAAAACAGGACUAGAAGCCUGCCUACUUAGUAGCUUGGCAAGUGUCAACAAGUUAGUCUCUGUGACUGGUGACUUAGUUGGAGUUCCACCCAAAGCAGAUCCUGAGACAAGGAUUUAGUGCAAGUAAUUCAUGUGGCCAUCAUCCAGAGGAGCAUGGGAGAAAGUGGGGAAUUUAGACAGGGAAAGGAGGAAGUUAGCAAAGGGUGAGUGAAGGAGAACAAGGGCCCAGGACAGUGAGGCCCCACCUCAGAACUGCCCUCCUGGAAGGACGAAGGAGCCGUGGCGCUGACCCCCACCUCCUGCCCCUCAAUAGGGAGCAUCACUCCCCGACGUCAACUCCCAGCUCUUCCUGGCCUGCCCUGUGCUCAGGCCGAGCAUGGCCUAAAGCAGGGAAUAUGUCUAGGCAGAGUGACACAGGGAGCCAUGGGCAGGUACAGGAUCUAUCUGCAAGUGACUACAGGGGUGGCUUCAGGGCUGACCAAUGGCAUCUGCUAUCAUGGAAUUAAAGUAACCUACCCCACGAAGUAGCUGUGCCAAGUAAGUGAAAUAAUGCACAAGGAAGUUCUGUGUAAACUUUCAAGCAUCAAGCAAAUGUUAGUUAUUUCUUGAGGACAUUAUGUAAAGUGAAAUAAGCCAGGCCCGGAAGGACAAAGACUGUAUGAUUCCACUCAUAUGAGGGGCUUAGAGUUGUUAGAUUCAUAGAGACAGAAGGUAGAAUGGUGGUGGCCGGGGGCUGGAGGGAGGAGGGAGUGGGGAGUUAGUGUUUAGUAGGAACUGAAUUUCAGUUUGAGGAGAUGAAAAUGUUCUGGGGAUCUAUUGCACAACAAUGGGCAUGUAGCUAACCCCACUGUACUGUAUUCUUAAAAAUGUUUCAGGUGGUAAAUUUUAUGUUAUGUAUAUUUUACCACAAUAAAAAAGUGAGUUAUUGUACUUUCAAGGCACUCGGUGUGUUUCUCAGGAUGCUGGGCAGCACAUGGCCCCGAGACAGGUGCCAAGUCAAUACUUGGGUGAUGAAGGAUGAAGACAAACCUCCUCUUCAUCUUCACUCCAGUGAGUGGAGCACUGGCACUGUUGCCAGUGAGAGGCAAAGACACAAGGCCAAUUCAACAACCCACCUCAAACCUGUAUUUCCAAGUGAGUGCAGACUCCCCUGAUUCCAAUGAAGCUGCUGUUGAGGGCCGGAUAGCAGCCACUCUUGGCUUUGCGGGCCGUACAGUCUGUGCUGCAAUGACAACUCUGUGGGUGUGUGAAAGCAGACACUGCUUAGAUGAACGAGGAUGGCAGCACGCCAACAAAUUCAUUAUGGACACUAAAAAUUGAAUUUCAUGUAAUUUUCAUGUCAUAGAAAUUCUUUCUUUUCCCCUUCAACCAUUUAAAAAUGUAAAAAAACUAUUCUCAGCUUGUGGGUUUUACAAAAACAGGUGGCAGCCAGAUUUGGUAGUGGCCGGACUUUGCCACCUCCAGCCUGGAGUGUUUUGGGAAUUCCCUGUUCUGAAAUGGUCUCCAGUGUGGCUGCAGCACGUCCAUUUGACAAUCCUGACCUCGGUGGUGGCAAAUCUUCCUUGUUUCCUGGUGGAUUUAACUUUGCAGAAGGACCAGCAGACAUCCUGACCCAAACCUGAUGGAUGAGAUUGGUGUAAAGUUGAGAAAUUCUGUUUUGGAUUAAUCACAAGGUGAUUUAAAAAAUGAGAGAUUUUCUGUAGUAAGUACAUUGCCUGUAAAUAGAAUUCCAAUUCUACAUGCUCAGGGACCAUUUUGUUCACUUGUAUCAAACUAUAUUCUCUGGAUUCAGAGGGAAUUAUUGGAACUUUUCAGAGAUCAGGAAUAAAAUGUUCAUGCAUGAGAAUUUUGUGUUGGGCUUUUAGAAGGAUGAGGAUCUCACAUAUGGCUUCUGGGUACAGCAUGAAUAAAAUGCAGUUGCUAACAAAUUAAAAACCAGAACGUUCCUCAUAUUGGGUUGAUUAGCACUUGCAGGUUCUGUACCAUCACUAUCCUUAACGAGGAACAUAAGCCUUGUCCCAAGUUGCAGGAUAAAUAUUUCAGGAACUCAGUUGCAAAGGUCAGUAUUACAUUGAUUUAUUGAUGUAUGCUUUUAAUCAAAUGAACCCUUUAGAAUUAGUUGCCCUUAGGCAAAUGUCAAAAGCUCAAAACAUUCCUUAAAACACUUAAAACAAAAUAAUGACACAAUAAAACAUCAUUAAAAAUCCUUCAGGCUCAUUAGCUCUAGUUAAAGAUGGUUGAAUGCUUAUGAUAAUUGAAUUGAGCCACUGAGCACUUCCUGUCUUUCUUCUUCCAAGAGGAGAGAAAAUAGAUGAGGGCUGAGAAGCAGUCUUCCUUCUGCAUGUGACUAAGCUAGGAGCUUGCUAACCCAGUGAGUGCGUGACAAUGCUGAUAGUAUUUUUGGAGGGUUUAGCAUCCCCAAAUCUUUUCUUUUAUUUCUACAGACCAAGAACAAGGGUAUUUCCCAGUUGAAUUUUAGGCGUAGACAUAUGGAAAAGAAUAAUCUAUAUUAUCUUUACAUGGAUAAAGCUGGCCUAUCAGCCUAGUGGCCUGUGUCAGUCCUCGACGUCCAGCCAUUUUCUCCUCCAGGACAGUGGCUCAGCACCCUCUCCCACAACGCUUCGAGCAUUAUCAUGUUAGACAGUUCCUGCUUGCUUUGACUUCUCCUUGCAGACCUCCUGCCCAACUGGUAUGGCCUGAAAGCUUGUGUACUCCCAGAUUCAUAUGUUGAAAUCCUAACCCUUCAUGUGACGGUAUUUGGAGGUGGAGUUCUUGGGAGGUAAGUGGGUGCUGAAGAUAAGGCCCUCAUGAAUGAGAUUAGUGCCCUUGAAAAGGAGGCCUCCCAUUACCUCCCUCAGCCCUUCCACCACGUGAGGACACAGUGAGAAGGUACUGUCCAUGAACCAGGAAGCAGCCCUCACCAGACACUGAAUCUGCCAGUGCCUUGAUCUUAGACUUUCCAGCCUCCAAAAGUGUGAGAAACAAAUUUCUGUUGUUUAUGAGCCACCCAGUUUAUGGGACUUUGUGAUAGCAGCCUGAACAGACGAAGACACCAACUUUUGAUCAUUUUCCUUAUUUUUCAUAAAGUUGCUGAACAGAAGUGAGGGAAGACGAUGCCAGUGACAGCAGAACAUUGCUGAGGGCUGCAGAAAUAUGACAGCCCCUGGGCCCCUGCACUUCCCCUCCCUGCACAGACAAGAGUAUGGUGAAGAACGGAAUGAAGUUAUAAUGCUUGGGAAGUGGCCUGUGAGGCCUGAUGAGCCCAUGCUCUUUCUCUCACGUGGUAAGAAAUGACCUCGAGUGACCAGAGGGGCUCAUCAGAGCUGAUCUGAAUUCAGUAAAAGGGCUGAUGUGGAAGAUGAGGCAGAGAGUGGGCCUUAGAUCUCAGAAGUGUCUGUUGGAUGAUGGAGACCUUCACAGAGAAAACUUUCUCAGGAAGCGUUCCCAGCAGAGGUCUCAGCCCCUGGCUGAUUCACAGCCUGGAUUUAGAACGGAGAUUGAGUCAGAGGAGAUUCCACCUCUCCAUGCAUUCCCACAGUCCUGAAACUAGUCAAGCAUUAGAACCAGAAUUCAAACUGACGGUCUGAGCCCAGAGCUCUGCUCUUCAUCUUACCCAGUAUUACAUUCAUUCCCAUAUUGACUGAAGAUUCACUUUCACUGUUAUCAUUAAAAGUAAGUUGAGAAAUUGACAUGUCAUGUAGAUGCUAUGAGGAAUCACUGGGGAGAGACUAAGAUGUUCCUUCAAGCUUCAGAUCUUUCAGAGAGAUAAGUAGUGUGGAGUUGCACUGUUGGGAAACGAGUCUUGGUGUUCUGGCUCUUCACUCGUUCGCCUGCCUUCCUCCUCCAGCCCAGCUGCUGCAGUGUGGCAUGUUACGCUUACACUUCAUGGAGGAAAUGGAACUGGGGCUGCUCCAAUGUUCUCUUUUCAGGUUUUAAUGGAAGGUUCUGCAUUCAGCUGCACCAACACUGCUUGCAAACAAGAAAAGAACCGAGAGAGUGGAGAACGCUGUGCAGGGACUUGAGUAUGGAUUCCAGGGAGUAUCUGGAAAUUCCCACCUCACAGGUCCAUCUCACCUGGUGGUUGUUCCUACUGAAAAAGGAUCCCGUGGUCCUGUGUCCUGAGGGCCACAAACAGCAUAAAUGUUCCAGAGCAGAGCCUGGAAGUGGGAGGGUACAGAGGGAAGACAUAAGAAGAUGGGGGUGGAAGCAUGAAGGGCAGUUCUAAAGUGUCUUGGGGAGAAUAGGAGAUAAAUUAGAUGAUAAUGCACAAGGCCAAGGGCAUGGCAAAAUAAGGAACCAAGAAGAAUGAAACUGAUUUGAUGAAGAUAAGGAUUAACAGUACACACAGUUAUGAAUAAAAGAUGCAUUAUGUAAUAAUUAGCAGGUAUCUAUAGGUUGGUGCAAAAGUUAUUGCGGUUUUUGCCAUUGAAAGUAAACGCAAAAACUCGCGACUACUUUUACAGCAACCGAAUACAUCUUCUUUCACCAAGGAGCUUAAAUGUUUUAAAAUAAACAAAAUGUCGUUAUGCACCCUACCUCCCUCCGCAGUUUGGAGCCCUUCCUUUUCCAGAAUGAUGCAGCCCAGGUCCCCCUACCCUUUGUUCUCAGCAGCAAGUCUCCGGAGAGGUUAUAUAUAUAUAUAUAUAUAAACAAAUAAAUGAUUUACCUUUUUGCCUUCCUGUGUACCACAUUCAGAUUUUGCUUUUGAAAAUUCCAUCAAGGCAGCUAUGAUGUCCAUGUUUAAUCUACUUAUGUCUGCAUCAACUGCUACCCUAACUUCUUCUCUUUAUCACUCUCUUGCAAUUAACAUUUUGUCAUACUUGUGUGCUACAUAAUAUAUAGUUUUUGUGUUUUUGAAGUCUAUAAAAAUCAUAUCCUAUUCUAUGUAGUUUUCUUUGUAUUGUUUUUUCCACUCAGCAUUAUGCAGAGUGGUUCAAUGUCUUUGUGUGUAGUGUAGUUCAUUUAUUUUGACUGCUAAAAUAUAUUCCACUGAGUAAAUAUACUAGAUUUUAUUUAUCCUCUUGUCAGUGGACUGUUUCCAGGUACUUUUUGAAAUGUGGACAUAUUGCUAUUUAAACAACGUUUCUAUAUAUGUCUCCUUGUACACUUCCGCAAGAAUUUCUCUUGGGUGUAUACCUAGGAGUAAGAUUACUAGGUCAGAUUUAUAAAACAAUACCGAAGUGCUUUCAAGGUGGGCCAGUCAGAUCAAGUGAACCAAUUUACACUCCCAUCCACGAUAUAUGAGUCUACUUCCUUCACAUUCUCUCUGUACUUCUCAAUGUUUGCCAAUCUGCAGGGUGUAAAAUGGUAUAACGUUGUGGGCUUAAUUUACAUUUACCAGAUUACAAAAGUGGUUGAGCAUCUUUUAUGACUCUUAGCCAUAUGGUAUACUGAGUUGAAUAGAGUCCCUGCCUCCCCCAAAAUUCCUGUCCACCUGGACCUCAGAAUGUGACCUGAUUUGGAAAUAGGGUUUUAUAGCUGUAAUUAGUUAAAUUAUAUUGAUGUUAUACUGGAUUAGGAUUGACCCUAAAUACAAUGACAUAUAUCCUUAUAAGAGAACCAUGUGAAGACAGAAGUGAUAUGGUUUGGAUGUGUCCCCACCCAAAUAUCAUCUUGAAUUGUAACUCCCACAAUUCCCACAUGUUGUGGGAAGAAAACUCUUUCUUUUGUAGAUUGCCCAGUCUCAGGUAUGUCUUUAUCAGCAGCGUGAAAAUGGACAAAAUUGGUACCAGUAGAGUGGGGCAUUGCUGAAAAGAUAACGAAAAAUGUGGAAGCGACUUUGGAACUGGGUAACAGGCAGAGUUUGGAACAGUUUGUAGGGCUCAGAAGAAGAUAGGAAGAUGUGGAAAAGUUUGGAACUUCCUAGAGACUUGUUGAAUGGCUUUGACAAAAAUGCUGAUGGUGAUAGGAACAAUAAGGUCCAGACUGAGGUGGUCUCAGAUAGAGAUGAGGAGCUUCUUGGGAACUGGAGCAAAGGUGACUCUUGUUAUGUUUUAGCAAAGAGACUAAUGGCACUUUGCCUUGCCCUAGAGAUUUGUGGAACUUUGAACUUGAGAGAGAUGUUUUAGGGUGUCUGGUUGAAGAAAUUUCUAAGCAGCAAAGCAUUCAAGAGGUAACUUGGGUGCUGUUAAAGGCAUUCAGUUUUAAAAGGGAAAUAGAGCAUAAAAGUUUGGGAAAUGUGCAGCCUGACAAUGAGAUAGAAAAGAAAAUACUAUUUUCUGAGGUGAAAUUCAAGCCGGCUGCAGAAAUUUGCAUAAGUAUCGAGGAGAUGAAUGUUAAUCCUCAAGACAGUGGGGAAAAUGUUUCGAGGGUAUGUCAGAGUUCUUCACAACAGCCCCUCCCAUCACAGGCCUGGAGUUUUAGGAGGAAAAAGUGGUUUCGUGGGCUGGGGCCAGGGUCCCCAUGCUGUCUGCAGCCUAGGGACUUGGUGCCCUGCAUCUCAGUUGCUACAGCCAUGGUUGAAAGGGGCCAACAUAGAGCUUGGGCCAUGGCUUCAGAGGGUGCAAGCCCCAAGCCUUGGCAGCUUCCAUGUGGUGUUGACCCUGUGAGUGCACAGGAGUCAAGAAUUGGGGUUUGGGAACCUCCGCCUAGAUUUCAGAAGAUGUAUAGAAACACCUGGAUGCCCAGGCAGAAGUUUGCUGCAGGGGCGGGGCUCUCAUGGAGAAUCUCUGCAAGGGCGGUGCAGAAGGGAAAUGUUGGUUGGAGCCCCCCACAGAGUACCACCUAGUGGAGCUGUGAGAGGAAGGCCACUGUCCUCCAGACCCUGGAAUGGUAGAUCCACUGACAGCUUGCACCAUGUGCCUGGAAAAGCUGCAGACACUCAACACCAGCCUGUGAAAGCAGCUGGGAGGGAGGCUGUACCCUGCAGAGCCACAAGGGCAGAGCUGCCCUAGACAAUGGGAGCCCACCUUUUGCAUCAGCAUGGCCCCGAUGUGAGACAUGGAGUCAAAAAAGAUAAUUUUGGAGCUUUAAGAUUCAAUAUGCCCUGCUGGAUUUUGGACUUGCAUGGGGCCUGUAGCCCCUUUGUUUUGGCCAAUUUCUCCCAUUUGGAAUGGCGGUAUAUAUCAAAUGUCUGUACCCCCAUUGUGUCUAGGAAGUAACUAGCAUGCUUUUGAUUUUACAGUAUCAUAGGUGGAAGGGAUUGCCUUGUCUGAGAUGAGACAUUGGACUGUGAACUUUUGAGUUAAUGCUGAAAUCAGUAAAGAAUUUGGGGGACUGUUAGGAAGGCAUGAUUGGUUUUUAAAUAUGAGAACAUGAGAUUUGGCAGGGGCCAGGGGUGGAAUGAUAUGGUUUAGCUCUGUCCCCACCCAAAUAUCAUCUUGGAUUGUAACUCCCAUGAUUCCCACAUGUCAUGGGAGGAACCCAGUGAAAGGUGAUUUAAUUAUGGGGAUGGAUCUUUCCUGCACUGUUCUCUUGAUAGUGAAUCAGUCUUAUGAUAUCUGAUGGUUUUAAAGAGGGGAGUUUCCUUGCGCAAGCUCUCUUCUCUUGUCUUCUGCCAUAUAAGACGUGCCUUUCACCUUCACCAUGAUUGUGAGGCCUCCCCAGGUUUAUUGGAACUGUAAGUCCAAUAAACCUCUUUCUUUUGUACAUUGCCCAGUCUUGUGAAAAGUAACUAAUACAAGAAGGAUAAGUUGGAGUGAGGCAUCUACAAGCCAGCAAACACUAAAGAUUGCCAGCAACCUCCAGGAGCUGGGAAGAGACAAGGAAGGAUUCUUCUCUAGUGCUUUCAGAAUGAGCAUGGCUCUGCCAGCACUCUGACUUUUUUCCCCUGGUCAAUGUUAAAAAAUUUCUCUAGCAAGUCCAUAAUGCUGUAAUUGCCAUAGCCUUAUAUAAGUCUUGAUAUCUGGAGGGGCAAUUCCCUCUGCUGUUCAUUUUGUUUAGGAUAAUAGAGCAACUGUUGCCAGGGGUCUCCCCAAAUUCUUUUGGAUUCAUUUGCAUUCUCCAUUGCACUACCAGUUUUUUCUGGGAGUACUUCCUAAUAAAUUACUUUCACAUGUA